AUGCGGGUGUCAACACCCCUUAUUGUUCCUAAAAGGGUGAAAUCUGGGCUUGAACCAGUCAAACUGCUCAAGAGAAAUUCAUCAAACAAUGAAUCUCCAUCUCACGUCGUCGUCUCCUUGGAAAUCAGGCUCGCUGAUGAAGGACUGGUCUUUUGGUGGUCCAUCGGUGAUCACAUCCCGGCGGGCAUUCUCUCUAUUCAGAAGGAACCACAGCAAUGUAGAUGCGACUAUACUGAUUACCAGAAAUCCCAAAGACAUUCCAUGUCCAAGCCAGUACCUUGGAACCUGGUUUGGCCGGUACAUUUGACAUCCAAUGACCGCACCAAUGUCACCAAACGAGAUCUGGAUAGCUGUAGCAACGGCACGCUUUGUCUGACCUGA